AUGUGGAUCAGCUGUCUUCACCCAGAGUCUACCUCCAGCGGCCCCCAGGCCCUCCGCAGUGUGCUGUGGCAGGACGUGUACCCUCACAUCAAGCUGUGGGAGUUCUUCCAGCUGCAGGUGGACGAGGCUGUGGACCAGUUCAGAACCCAGCUCCUCCACGGCACCAAGCCGGACCAGAGUCAGACCGGGGGGAAGAAGGACCUGAGGACCUAUCAGGACCCAGCAUACCAUCGCUAUGGCAACACGUUGGACAUGGACUCUGCUCUCCAGACCUUCGUCCCUCACAGCUCCGCCCCUCAGCAUGUAGAGGAGUGCUGUGGUUGGCUGAGAGAGAAACUGAACGAACUGAAUGAAGAACAACACGCCAUCAUGCAGCAGCACCUGGAGAAGGCGACCAACUGCAUUGUGGGAAACGUAGUGUACGAGCACCUGGCGGACCACGGCCCCAAGCUGGGUCCUGUGAGCAGGGAGAACCCUCUGGUCACCAGGUACUUCACCUUCCCACACCCGGACUCCAGCCUGGAGCAGGACCUGCAGCUGCUGGAGCAGCCGGACCAGAGCCAACGCCUCCUGGCCCACAACGGCUGGGUCAUGGGGGACGACCCGCUGCGCAACUUCGCUGAACCAGGCUCCCAGGUGUACCUGCGUCGGGAGCUGGUGUGCUGGGGCGACAGCGCAGUUGCGGCAUCAAGCAGACCAGAGAGGUCCUGGCCCAACCUGUACGUGAUCGAGCACUGCAGCGGUUACCUGAUGCAUCAUGUGUACAUGAGACCAGGCUCCCAGGUGUACCUGCGUCGGGAGCUGGUGCAUGACAGCUGA